CGCGUCGGAGAGAUAUAUAUAUCUCUCUCUGUAAUCACCACUUUUUGACAUUGCACCGGAAACCCGUUUGUGUUGCAAUAACGUAACGUGAAACCUAUUAAACAAAGUUUGGAGUAAGUUCAAACAUUCUGAAUUUCGCCGCUGGAUAGUGAACCACUGGAAGUGAGCCCAUUCAGCUCAAUAUUAAAGAAAGACUGCGUGUGCCUAGGAUGGCAGCCCAAGAAAGAUCAGACUAUGAAAAAGGAGGGAGACGUGGAGGAGACAGAAACCGCAAUAGAGAAGAGAGAACUUCAUCAAGCCAAACCAGGACGAAUCAAAGAAGUCAGCAACGAUCGUCCAGGAAUCACGGGCCUGUGUAUGAUGAUGGGUAUUACCAACCAGGGCAAGAAAACCAAGGACAAGGGUAUUAUAGAAGAGAUCAAGGUGGUAUUGCUAAUUAUUAUGGAGAGAGGAGGAACAAUGGAAGGAACCAUGACCAGGAUUAUGCCAGUCAAGGACGAGCAGGGUAUGGUGUAGAUUACUUCAGUUACAGCCAUUAUCCAAAUGAGCAACAUUUCACUGGGGAUUACAGGGACAAUCAAAGAUGGCAUGAUGACAGGUACAGACCUGAUGAUAGACAGGGGGUAGCGACCAGUGGAGGCAAUCAGCAGGAAGAUUGGAGAUGGGAGGACAGCCGACAUCCUCCGAGAGGUGGUAGAGGGGGUGGUAGAGGAAGAGGGGGCAGAAGGGGUAGACAGCAGUAUGGUUCAAAGGGACCGGACAGAGAUGCUGCAGGAGAGUUUGAUAAUCGCGCAGAAGGAAGACGCUAUUCUGACAGUCAAGAAGAGUGGGGUAGGGAUGGCAAUAGGGGCAGGGGGCGGGGAGGGAGACAAAGAGGAAGAGGGAAAGGAAACCGAGAAUCAGGAAGAUCUCACCAUGCAGACAGAGAAAUGGAUCAAUCCAGACCACAAGCAAGAAAGUCAAGAGACUACCCAGACAGAGACUCCUCCGGUGCUGCCACACAAGAUAGGAAAGACAUUGACAAUUACGUGUCCCAUAUACAAGGUACCCGAUGGCAAAAUGACAGGGAUAUUGGACAACAGGAUAAAAAUCGAAGCAGAAGUAACUCUAAUGAGGAUUCGAAAAACAGUGACAGAGACAACCCAAGGAACAGAUCUGCUCCAAGUCACAGAGGAAAAGGAAACAGUCAAGCAAGUAAGCUGCAGAAGGGGACCAGAAAACCAAAGAUAUCUAAGGCAGGCAAUGCUGAAACUCAGACAGGAUCGCUCAUUGAACAACUCUCUACAGGGUCUUAUGAAUGCGCUAUUUGUUGCGACCGAGUCAAGGCCCAAGACAGAGUAUGGAGCUGUAAGACUUGCUAUGUUGUCUUUCAUCUAGGAUGUAUCAAGAAAUGGGCUAAAACUCCUGCUGCUUCUGCUGAAGGAACGGAUGGUUGGCAGUGCCCAGCGUGCAGGGGUGUUGAGAUCAAGAUACCACACGUCUAUUACUGCUUCUGUGGAAAGACCAGGGACCCCAUGUGGGAACCGGGGGAAACCCCUCACAGCUGCGGAGAGGUGUGUCGUCGGAAGCGCCCCACCUCCUGCCCCCAUACCUGUAACAUCCUUUGCCACCCUGGUCCGUGCCCGCCGUGUCCAUCCAACGUCCAGAAAUUAUGCAAUUGUGGUAAGACCCAGCAAACAGUAAGAUGUGGUACUCAGAACGAGAUUCGAUGUCAAAAGAAAUGUGGUAAAUUAUUGAACUGCGGUCGACAUACUUGUGAGGAGAUAUGCCAUAAGGGUCAGUGUAGUCCUUGUGAAGAAAAAAUUGUUCAAGAAUGUUACUGUGGAGGUGCUAGCAGGGAAGUUGAUUGUCAACAAGAAGUGUCAUCAACCAACACCAAAGGAAGCUAUUCUUGUUUGACAGUUUGCAAUAAACUAUUAGACUGUGGUCAUCACCACUGUGAGAGCGUGUGCCAUGCUGGAGAGUGUGAACCCUGUAGCCGUGAUCCUGCCCGUGUAACCCACUGCCCCUGUGGGAAGACCCCUCUCUCCUCCCUGUGUGGGGUAGAGAGGACCUCCUGUACAGACCCCAUCCCUACCUGUCUUAAUAGGUGUGAGAAAGUCUUCUUGUGCGGUGGAACAGAUAAGCACAUCUGUGAGCAGACUUGCCACUCUGGCGCGUGUCCAGCAUGUGAGAAGACCACGAACAUGAAAUGCCGCUGCGGACAUCGCUUCGUCGACGUCCCUUGCAAGGAUAUACAGGAAAGGUCAGAGGUCAUUUGCGACAGGAAGUGUACCAGGAAGAAGCAUUGUGGGAGACAUAAAUGUGGUCAGAUAUGUUGUGUGGAUGCUGAUCACCUGUGCUUACAGCAGUGCGGACGCAAGCUCAAGUGUGGCAUUCACACUUGUGAGGAACCAUGUCAUAUGGGAAACUGCCCACCUUGUCUCAAUGCAAGUUUUGAUGAACUCACCUGUCACUGUGGCCAGGAGAUCCUCUACCCCCCUAUCCCCUGCGGUACCCCACCCCCUGAAUGCCAUCAGCCAUGUAACCGUAGGCAUGCCUGCCAGCAUCCCGUACGUCAUCACUGCCACAGCGAGGAGAAGUGCCCACCCUGUGUUGAGCUUACCAGUAAGACAUGUAUCGGAGGCCAUGAGGUCCGCUACAACAUUCCGUGCCAUGUGCAAGGCAUCUCCUGUGGUCGGCCAUGUGGUAAGCCACUGCCCUGUGGUUACCACAAUUGCCUGAAAACUUGUCAUACGGGAGAAUGUGAUCCUGAAUGCAAGCAACCUUGUAAAGUGAUCCGUCCAGAUUGUGGUCAUCCAUGUGGGGUGACCUGUCAUGUUGGAUGGCCUUGCCCACAGAUUACAUGUAAAUCAAAGGUCACUGUGAAGUGUCCCUGCGGAAGAAGAGUACAGAUGAUGGAAUGCCAGGCUAGUGGUAGUGAUGGCAUUAACAAGGCUUUACAGAAGUUGACGGUGUCUAAGCUAGCGGGUAAGAUCCAGACAUUACAGCGUAAUGAAGAUAUUGAUAUCAGUGAGCUCACGGGUGCCAAGGGAUCUAACAAGGCUAGCAGGCUUAUGUGUGAUGAAGAGUGUUCACUACAAGAAAGAAAUAAACGUCUUGCUGUCGCAUUGCAGAUCAAGAACCCUGAAAUGAGUGCAAGCAAUAAUACAACUCAGUAUGGUGAUUUUCUAAAAGAACAAGCGAGGAAGCAUCCAGGCUUUGUUGCUGCGAUAGAGAAGGAGUUUGCUGCGUUGGUCGUGUCUGCUCAAAGUUCCAAGCAGGCAAGUAGAAGCCAUGCCUUCCCAUCCAUGAUCAAGAACCACCGUCGUAUCAUCCAUGAGCUAUCUGAAUUCUACGGCUGUGAAUCAGAAAGCUAUGAUGAAGAACCGAAGAGGAAUGUUGUUACUACAGCAAGAAAGAACCGAUGUUUCAUGCCUAACAUGACAUUGACAGCAAUGAUACAGAGAGAGCUAAAUCCAAGAGCACCACUUCCUAUACCUCACGGCAGUCAAGAAAAUAAACUCAGAUCUGCUGCAAAGGCAAUCAAACUUUCCACUGACGUCGUCUCAUCUAGUAAGACAAAGAAGGAAAAGGUUAUUGACUACUUUGACAUGACUAGUUAGCUUUUACCCAGCUUUUAAGUGAAUGAGAACCAAGAUACUGCCUCAAGUCAUCAUUCAACAAGUAAAAAGGCAAAAUGACAUUAAAAAACGAUA